GGGUUACCGUGUGUGGUGUGUAUCCUCAGGGUUCGGACGACUGUUUGGUGAAGAUCUGGGCGACGGAUAACGGGCGUUUGCUGGCGACACUGAGAGGUCAUGCGGCAGAGAUUUCAGACAUGGCUGUGAAUUAUGAGAACACCCUUCUGGCAGCCGGCAGCUGUGAUAAAAUGAUCAGAGUGUGGUGCCUGCAGACCUGCGCCCCGCUGGCGGUACUGGAGGGCCACUCGGCAUCCAUCACGUCAUUACAGUUUUCUCCUCUGUGCAGUGGCAAUAAGAGGUUCCUGUCCUCCACUGGAGCUGACGGCACCAUCUGUUUCUGGCAGUGGGAUGCACGCACGCUCAAAUUCGGGCAGCGUCCCAGCAAAUUCAUUGAGCGGCCCAGACCAGGCGUGCAGAUGAUCUGUUCCUCUUUUAGUGCAGGUGGGAUGUUCCUCGCGACAGGCAGCACUGAUCACAUCAUUAGGGUUUAUUACUUUGGAAAUGGACAACCAGAGAAGAUAUCUGAGCUGGAGUCUCACACUGACAAAGUCGACAGCAUCCAGUUCUCCCAUGGUGGCGAUCGGUUUGUGAGUGGCAGUAGAGACGGCACGGCGCGGAUAUGGCAGCUGCAGCAGCAGGACUGGCGAAGCAUUCUCCUGGACAUGGCCACUAAGCUACCUGGCAAGUACAACCCUCCACUUUUAGAGGACAAAGUUACCAAACUGAAGGUGACUAUGGUGGCCUGGGAUUGCAAUGACAACACAGUCAUUACCGCUGCGAACAACUUGACAUUGAAAGUGUGGAACUCGUACACAGGGAACCUUAUUCAUGUAUUGAUGGGCCAUGAGGAUGAGGUGUUUGUGUUGGAGCCACAUCCAUUUGAUUCCAGAGUGCUUUUCUCUGCUGGGCACGAUGGAAACGCCAUCGUCUGGGAUUUGGCAAGAGGAGUCAAAAUACGCUCUUACUUUAACAUGAUCGAGGGUCAGGGCCACGGUGCGGUCUUUGACUGUAAGUGCUCUCCUGAUGGGCAGCACUUCGCUUGCACGGACUCCCACGGUCACCUGCUCAUCUUUGGCUUCGGCUCUAGCAGCAGAUACGACAAGAUAGCAGAUCAGAUGUUCUUCCACACUGAUUAUCGGCCGCUUAUCCGUGAUGCCCAUAACUUUGUGCUGGACGAACAGACCCAGCAGGCACCUCACCUCAUGCCGCCACCAUUCCUGGUGGAUGUGGACGGGAAUCCUCACCCUCCACGCUACCAGAGACUGGUUCCUGGCAGAGAGAACUGCAGAGAGGAACAGCUCAUACCCCAGAUGGGGCUCACGUCAUCAGAUAAGGAUAUGGGGAAAUUCAUCCUUCGGCAGCUGUCAGAAGGCCUGGCCAAGAUCAACGCAAACCAGCUACCUGGAAACUACACGAUGUGGUGUUAUCACUUCAUCUUGUACCCAAGGGUGAUGUGGCCUCUGAAGCUGCGCGAAGUCACCUCAUCAGCAGUAAGCCGGAUGGAGGCAAAAGCCAACUCCUUCAUCCGCAAAUGGCUCGGCCUACCACGGAGAAGGGAAGUGCUCAAGGACCUGGGACUACGGGGAGCCACACUGAGCAGAUCCACCAAAGAGCUCUCUGAGGAAGCGGAGAAUGCAAGCCACUGGCUCUGGCUGAAACGACGAGACAAGGCUUGGGGAGAGACGUUCUGGGUUAAGGGGCGAAACGUCAAUGAGCGGUGGUCCCCAGCUGAAGACCCUGCAGAAAACCACGUGGUCUGCGGUCAGGUCCAGCAGAGGAGACAGGAAUUGGAACAGGGAGAAAACGAAGCAAGACCUCCGAGCAGAGAAUCAUCAGAUGAGGAAAGAGAGGAAAAAGAACCCUGGCCUGAUGAUAACAGCAGCUCCAGUGAUUACUCCAGCGAUUACUCAGACUGGACAGCAGAUGCUGGAAUAAACCUGGAACCGCCCAAGAAGACCAGCGUGAAGAAAAAGAAGAAGAAGAAUGCCAGCAGCUCGGAAGAAGAUGGAGAGAAGAAAAAAGACUCCAAGAAGGAGAGGAGGAAAGAAAAGCAGGACAAAGAUGGAGCACUACCAAAGAAGAAGAAGCCAAAGGAGAAACGGAAGAGGAUACCUGAACUGCAGAACCAGGGUUUGACAUUAGAGGAAUGGCUGCCCUCCGCCUGGAUCACUGACACCAUGCCACGGAGAUGCCCCUUCACCCCACAGAUGGGCGAUGAGGUAUAUUAUUUCCGUCAAGGCCAUGAAGCUUAUGUGGAGAUGGCCAAAAAAAACAAGAUCUUCAGUAUAAAUCCUAAAAAACAGCCCUGGCACAAGUUAGAGCUCAGGGAGCAGGAGCUGUUGAAGAUAGUGGGCAUCAAGUAUGAGGUGGGUUUGCCUACUCUGUGCUGUCUGAAGCUGGCCUUCCUAGACCCAGACACUGGCAAACUGACGGGCGGCUCUUUCUCUAUGAAAUACCACGACAUGCCUGAUGUCAUCGACUUCCUUGUACUUCGGCAGCAGUUUGAUAAUGCAAGACAGAGGAACUGGAUGAUAGGUGAUCGUUUCCGGGCAGUGAUAGAUGAUGCCUGGUGGUUUGGUACGAUUGAGAGUCAGGAGCCUUACCAGGCUGAAUAUCCAGACUCUCUGUUCCAGUGCUACAACGUCUGCUGGGAUAAUGGAGAUACAGAAAAGAUGAGCCCAUGGGACAUGGAGGAGAUUCCCAAUGAAGCAGCAUUUCCUGACGAGUUAGGUCUGAGUGUGCCUCUAACUGAGGAGGAGCAGAAAGCCUUAUUGUACAAGCCCCUAGAAGGAGAGUGGGGCUCACGCACACGUGACCAAGAGUGUGAGCGCAUCAUCAGGGGCAUCGACCAGCUUUGCACUUUGGAUGUGGCUGCACCAUUUGAACUGCCAGUGGACUUGCAGGCAUAUCCAGCAUAUUGCACUGUAGUUGCUUACGUCACAGAUCUAAGCACCAUACGACAAAGACUGCAGAACCGUUUCUAUAGGCGAAUGUCGUCGUUGAUGUGGGAGGUACGCUACAUUGAACACAAUGCUCAAACCUUCAAUGAACCAGGCGCGUUCAUUGUCAAAACUGCCAAAUUCGUAUCUGACCUCAUGCUACAAUUUAUCAAGGACCAAAGCUGUACAGAUAUUAUUCCACUGUAUAACAGUAUGAAGAAAACUGCUUUCUCAGAUUCAAGCGAUGAUGAAGAUGAGGAUGAAGAACAUGAGGCACCUUGUACAUCUAGCCGCAAUAAGAAGAGGCAGCAGCAGCAGCCUAUCCUGAGGAGUAUGCGCAGUAAACCAUCAUCAGACCCUCAGAGCUGGAAGGGGCGCUGCAGAGAGCUGCUGGAGCUCAUCUUUCAGUGUGAAGAUUCAGAGCCUUUCAGACAACCUGUGGAUCUGGAGGAGUAUCCGGACUACUUGGACAUUGUGGACACUCCUAUGGACUUUGGGACUGUCUUGAACCGCCUGUUAGAAGGAGAGUACGACACUCCCGUGGAUCUUUGUAAAGAUAUACGUCUCAUCUUCAGCAACUCCAAAGCCUAUACACCCAGUAAAAAGUCCAGGAUCUACAGCAUGAGUCUGCGAUUGUCUGCUCUGUUUGAAGAGCAUAUCAGUUCAAUCCUGACCCAUUUUAAAGCUGCUCAAAGUCUGCACAGUGAGCGAUUCACCCGUCAGCGGCAGCACACCGAGCGCUUGACCAGACAGUCUGUGAAGAGGAGGAGGAGCUCUUCACCUUCAAGCUCCGCCUCUAGUCCAGAAAGGAAGCGUCGGGUUUCGUCUCGCGCUCCUCCUCGAUCGGACAAUGCAGCUCCGCCCACUCCCGCUGGACCUUCCCGGGCUGCUUCUUUACGGCAAACACAUCGACAGAUCAACGGCAAGGCUGAGCCUCCGGUUGUCCCCGGUCGGACACGAAGCUCGGCCCGCUUUGGAACCCAACUCACAGAUGCACCUUCUACACAGUCAGCUCCUCCCCCUCCACCCAGCCACAGUAAGACAGCAGAGCCCUCUUCUAGAGUCCUGCGCACACAGAACUCUCACUCCAUUGGCGCCUCCAGGGAAACUGAGAGCUCUGCAGUUCCCCACACAAAUGAAGGCGGGUCCAGAGAGUCUCGCAGGAAACUUCGGACACCUGUAAAACUCACACCAGGUCCAGUCGAUCACGACUCUUCUCCUCAAAACAGUUUGCAUUUGAAUGGUCAUAGUCAAGUGACUCUGGGAGUGGUACGAAGAGGCCGGGGCCGACCCAGAUUAGACGCACAAAUACGAACGCCAGUAGCGGUACCGCCACCCCCACUGCCCCAGGCCUCUGGAAAAAAGAGAGGGAGGAAAAGCAAGAAAGAGCUGGAGUCCCUACGAAGAAGCUCAUCCCAUGAGGAGGAGCUUCUUCUGUCUACUGGUGAUGAGGGUGGGGCUUCUUCUACAGCCCUGGACAGUAGUCUUUCAGAUUCAGGGAUAGUGACUCCAGAGUGUCCCAAACCACAAGGUAGACCACGAGUCAUCAGGACACCGGAUACCCCAGCUCCUUCAAGCCCCAAAGCUCUCAGAAGGAGCAGUCGGCGUGGCAACGAAGAAACCACACCCCCUACGCCAGGCCCCGCCCAAAGGGAGGAGCCUGACAUUUAUAUGGGAGAGGAUGGUAGCUCGAAAGGGCAGAUGAGAACGCGUAACCAAGGCCGAAGGACAGCUUUUUAUAACGAAGAAGACUCUGAGGAAGAGCAAAGACAGCUUUUGUUUGAGGAUGCCUCGAUUACUUUCGGCACGUCAAGCAAAGGGAGAGUCCGCAAGCUCACCGAGAAGGCCAAAGCCAACCUUAUUGGCUGGUAACAAUGCCAACUUUGCAUGUCCUAUGCGACACAACCCCUUAUCCUCGCCCCACUGGGGAGGGGGAACCAUUCCUGCUGCUAUCAGACUGUCAUGAUUAUCUGAAUCUUUCAUUCUGACUCUCUAAAUUGAUUCUCAUGUUUUGAAUCUUUGACUCUUUUGGUGACUUCAAGAGUCAUGGCCCCUUGAAUCCCCCCACCUUAUACAUUUUCUUCCACAGAAAAUCACAAAUGCAGUUAAAUACUGAUUUUCAUAUGCACUAUUUGAAUGCCAGUGAAGAAAGGUACUUAUACAGUCUUAUGAAUCCAAAUACCUGAUUUCAUCUCUCAAGAAAGCACUUAUUUGAGGACGUUCGAGUGUGUGUGAGUGUGGUAUAACUUGAGCUUUUACUCUGUCUCGUUUCUUUAAACUGUUAAUUUUAAGCAUUGUUUUUACACGGUUGUUGCAACAAAUCAAACACUUGUUCAAAAAUAAAAUCUAUUUUUAACAGAUCAUUGUGUAAGUGGCUGUAAAGCUGUAGUGGCGUGCAGAGAAAGACCUCAUAAAUCGCGUGUUGUCUUUUUAACGUCUUUCUCUGCGAGUCAAGAUCAGUGGCAGUGGUAAUUCACGCAUGUUUUUAUAUAAUUAGCAAUACCUUGU